AUGUUGUUCUCCUAUCCAAAGCACAACAAUCCUAGCUCCUUUGAGAAACUUCCCCCGCAUCUGGGUUGUAUCUUGACUCCAAAGGGAAAUGUUGGAUUUUCGGAAAAUGAAUACAUGUUAGACAAUAUCGCUGAUAUUGCUCUCUGGUGUGUGCGUUUUGGCAUACAAAAACUCACCAUCUACGAUCGGCUAGGUUUCUUUAGCAGUCAGAUGGCGGCCGUGCACACCAAGGUCACGAACAUAUUUGCUGAGCAUCAAGUGGAUGUUCCUCUUGAUGUUUCAAAGCCGGGCUCAGUUGGACCAGAGAGCACGUUUCAGAUCACGUUGCUAGAUUCUAAUAACAGCCGUGAGGCCAUGGUGAAUCUAACGCGAGAACUGGCUACUGCAUGCCAUGCAGGAAGGCUGGCGCCACACGAAAUUACUGAAGACCUGAUCGACCGUUCCUUGCAUGUUGCUGCCGGGAAUGGCACAGAUCUUCUGUUUGUCUGUAGCCAGGAAUUAACGCUCUGCGGAUAUCCUCCCUGGCAACUUUCCUCAACGGAGAUAUUCCACAUUAAUUCCAAGACGGGCAUGCAAUACACAGACUUUGUCCGUGGCCUCCAAGCCUACUCGGACGCAGAGAUGCGCGGUGGUCGGUGA